GUUAUGGUGCUGGUGGAGCUGGAGUGCUGCCAGGUGGAGGCAUACGCUACCCGACCGGAGCAGGAGUAGGAGCAGCAAAACCAGGAAAAGCAUACGGGACGUUUGGAGGCCCAGGCUUGUUUGGGCCUGGCAGCUAUGGAGCUGGUCCUGGUGGCUAUGGAACGGGUCCUGGGGGUUAUGGAACAGGACCUGGGGUCUACGGGGCUGGCCCGGGUGGAUAUGGAAACAGAGGUACAGGUUUUGGUCCUGGGGGAACUGGGACCCUCGGCGUUGGGACUGGCCCAGGGAUUGGAACUGGAGUGGGAGGAACAGCGGGAGCGGGUUCUGGAGGACUCGGUGGUGGACUCGGUGGUGGACUCGGUGGUGGACUCGGUGGUGGACUCGGGGGAUACGGUGGUGGCGCGCAGCCUGAUGGUUCUCGAUACGGCACGGGUCCAGGUCUGGGUACUGGCCUUGGAAAACCACGAAAAAGUUAUGGAGCUGCUGGAACUGGAUUGGGGCCUGGUGGCUACGGAGCUGGUCCAGGUGGUGUUGGUUUUGGUCCUGGUGCUGGUACUGGCACUGGCACUGGUACUGGUACUGGCACUGGUAUUGGUACUUAUGGACAGACUGGUGCAGGACUGGGCACUGCUGGAAUUAGGCCAGGCGGCUUUGGACCAGGUGGAGCCGGGGCUGUACCUGGUGUUUACACUGCUGGAGGUCCAGGACUGGGGACCAGAAAACCCCCCAAAUCAGGCUACGGAUCCUCAGCUUUGGGUGGAGCUGGCUAUGGACCUGGUGGUGCUGGCACAGGACCAGGAUUCGGACCUGGUGGUGCUGGCACAGGACCAGGAUUCGGACCUGGUGGUGCUGGCACAGGACCAGGAUUCGGACCUGGCGGUGCUGGAACAGGAACAGGAUUUGGACCAGGCGGUGCUGGAACAGGAACAAGAUUUGGACCUGGCGGCACCGGCACAGGGCCAGGAUUCGGACCUGGUGGUGCUGGAACAGGAACAGGAUUUGGACCAGGUGGUGCUGGAACAGGAACAGGAUUUGGACCUGGCGGCACCGGCACAGGACCAGGAUUCGGACCUGGUGGUGCUGGAACAGGAACAGGAUUUGGACCAGGUGGUGCUGGAACAGGAUUUGGACCUGGUGGUGCUGGCACAGGAACAGGAUUUGGACCAGGAAGCCAAGGACUGGGAAAAAGAAAACCUUCAAAAUCUGGAUAUGGAGGCACCGGCUACGGAUCAGGAGUAUUAGGAGGUGGGACUGGAGCUAGACCUGGUGGCUAUGGCCCGGGCGGUGCUGGAACUGGUGGAUUUGGACCAGGUGGAGCUGGACCAGGUGGAGCUGGACCAGGUGGCUUUGGACCAGGUGGAGCUGGACC